AUGAGUCUUAUCCGAGAAGGCUACACCGAUGUCAACCGGGCCUUUCUGCAGGCAUUCAUGUCCCACCGAGUGCUCACGCUCAACGACAUCAAGCCCAUCCUGCUCGCAAUCCUGAACGCAGACGGCGGCGAGCACGAAGCCGCCCUCGAAGACAUCACCGACCGCAUCAUCGCCUCCUACGUCACCACGGCCAACACCGCCAUCCACGACUACGACCUCGAGAUCCGCAGCACGCUCGACCAGCGCGACCGCACCCGCAUCUACGCCCUCGUCAACACGGCCUCGGACGAGCUCACGCAGCUGGCCACCACCCACUCGGCCGACGAGAUCGCCUUCUUCAAGCGCGUGCUCGACUACAUGUUCGACACCAACAACACGCCCGCCGCCGAGAUUAUGGCCGUCAGCGACUUUGACGCCCUGCGCCUCAACAAGAACCCGCACGCCGCCGAGGGCACGCAGUCGCAGUCGCAGGCCCAGUCGGGCCUCACAAAGAUUCAGGCCGAGGAGGCGCUCGCGGGGUUUGUGGAGGAGGGCUGGUUGGAGAGGAGUGAGGCGGGCUGGUUCUCGCUCACGAGUAGGGCGCUGAUGGAGCUGGCGUCGUAUCUGACGCAGACGUAUAAUGUUGCUGCCGACGAGUCGGAUUCGGACGAGGGCGGGGGCACGCGCAGCGGCGCGGUCGUGGAGAGGAUUAAGCAGUGCUAUGGGUGCAAGGAGAUCAUCACCGUCGGCCUCCGCUGUCAGACGCGCGCAUGCAAUUUCCGCCUGCACGACUCGUGCGCAAACCAGUACUACCGUGCGCAGCGCGGCGAGAAGGAGUGCCCGACGUGCGGGGCUGCAUGGACCGGAAGGGAUCUCGUUGGCGAGGGCGCUGCGGCGCGCAGACGGCAGUCGGGUGCGGGGCCGGCGAAUAGGCGGCAGAGCGGUGCGUCGUCGAGGGGGGCGCGGAGGAGCACGCUUACGCAGGUGCGGCUUGCGCCGAGGAGAGUGCAGGAGGAUGUGCAGGAGGAGGAGGAUAUGGAUGCGGAGGGGGAGAGUGAGUGA